UUGAUACUCUACCUCUAUUUUGCAUAUGGCUAAAUUAGCUACAAACAUGAUGCUUUCCUCUGAGUGCUUCACUUGUUAGGACAAGAAUGUGUGAUUUGUCUUUAAGUUAGUUUAUAUGGAAGAGUAAAUUAACAACCUAAUUUGUAUCAUUUUGUAUUUAUUCGCUGCUAGUGAUGUGACCAAGAUAACAGAAGAUCUUUAAAAAGUAACAAGUUUAUUUCUGGAUUUUAGCUUUCUUUAAAUGGUUUUUAAGUUAUUCUGAAACUGUUUGUAAGUUGUUUUCAAUAUUUUAGGGUAAGUUUUGUCUUUUGUUGGAUCAUGUGAGUGUUGUUUACAAUGUUGCGGAGCAUUGAGGCCGGUUCGAUUAUUUUUCUCAUUGUAGUCCACUCAUGAUAAUAUGUUGCCUGAAAUCUAUUUAGAUUUAUGCUCCAUGGGCUCUUAAAUGAUGUUUCUGCAUGUUCCUGAUAGCUAGUUAUAGUUUCACUUUUUUCUUCCCCUCCUUGUUAGUUGUGUCAUUGGUAGAUAAUUUCUUGUGAUCUCUCAUCUCUGAUAUACGUGUUUACUUGGUUUUGGAUUCUCAGGUGCUUCAUAAAAGUCAUUGACGAUCAAAUUUUAUUUUAAAAUUGCUGAAAUUAAGAAGUUUGCCGAAGUGGUUAUGGGAACAGAAGAAGAGAGCUCACCUGCCAACCAUUCUAAACCUACUGCUUCAGCUCAGGAAAUGCCUACGACACCUGCAUAUCCUGAUUGGUCAAGCCAGAUGCAGGCUUAUUAUGGUGCCGGAGCUACUACACCUCCCUUUUUUGCCUCAACUGUUGCUUCAACGACUCCGCAUCCAUAUAUAUGGGGAGGCCAGCAUCCUUUAAUGCCUCCAUACGGCACCCCAGUUCCGUAUCCAGUUAUAUAUCCUCCAGGGGGAGUAUAUGCACAUCCUAAUAUGGCCAUCGCUCCAAGUUCUGUACCAAAUAAUGCUGACCAUGAAGAGAAGAGUGCUGAUGACAAGGAUCGAGGUGCCACCAAAAAAUCCAAGGGAACUUCAGGAAGCAAGGUUGAAGAGAGUGGAAAGGCAGCUUCCGGAUCUGGAAAAGAUGGCGGCUCUCAAAGUGGUGAAAGUGGCAGUGAGGGUACAGCAGAUGGAAGCGAUGAGAAUAAUCAACAAGAACCUGGUGCUGUGAAAAAGGGAAGCUUUGGACAGAUGCUUGCAGAUGCCAAUAUGCAGAGUAAUACUGCUGUGGCUUUGGUUCCUGGGAAACCCGUAGUCCCUAUUCCUGGAACUAAUUUGAAUAUUGGGAUGGACAUAUGGAGUGGUGCCCCUGCUGCCACAGGAGCUGCAAAAAUGCGACCCAACGUGUCUGGUGCUGUAGCUGCAGCUGCUCCUGGAGUUGUAAUGCAUGACCAGUGGAUUCAAGAUGAGCGUGAGUUGAAAAGACAGAAAAGGAAGCAGUCUAACAGGGAAUCUGCCAGGAGAUCAAGAUUACGAAAGCAGGCGGAGUGUGAAGAGCUACAAGCAAGGGUGGAAAACUUGGCGAACGAAAACUGCACCCUUAGAGGGGAACUACAGAAGCUUUCUGAUGAAUGUGAGAAGCUUUCAUCAGAAAAUAGUUCAAUUAAGGAGGAAUUGAUGCGGAUUUGUGGACCGGAUGCUCUUACUAAGCUUGAACAAGAGAACCCCUCUUCAGUUGUCGAGGGUAAUAGUUAGUAGGAAAUCUACAGAGAUAACUUGGUGCAGGCAGUGCAGUAUUCCGUCUAGUAAUAUUCUUUUUUUAGCGUUGGCCAAUAACCUAAUAGGACAUUUGUUUUCUUACUAAUCUAAACCCUUAAGACUCUUAACGUUGUAACCGAAACAACUCUCAACCAGGUCAGAUUGUGGUAUUGAUGUAAUUGAUUGGACAGUCAUCCAGAUUUUGAUCCAAGUUUAUAUUUAAUAUAUAAAAUGAAACAACAUGAUUAGAUA